UCAGUUGUUAGAUCAUAAUUUAAAAAAUAUUUAAAGUUAACAAAUGAAUGUGUUUAGAAAGUUUAUUUUUCGCUGUAUCAGAUUAUUUUGGCAACAAAACAACAAUAAAAUGUGUUAGACUUCUUUAAAGUUCUAUCCUCAGAAGGAAAAGAAUGACAUUCUUUAAAGGAGUAAUUCGAGCUGCAUUUGUUCUACCGUUUUCGGCAGGUAAUGUAGACGAGGGGAAUGGUUCACAUGAUGGCAGCUUGUCUGGACUUUUACUGAUGACCACUUCAAUAGCUAUCCUUUCUGAGAUACUGAUGAUUGGAUUUUCAACUAACGAGACUAUUUCAACUAAAUUCAGCGUUGGGUUAGCAGUCUUAUCAUUUCUAUCUGCUCUAGCGAUUGCACUUUGCGUGUGUAUCAGUUUAUACGUGUCAUCUAGAGGGAACAGUGUGUUUCAUGUUUUACCUUGGAAUAAAUGUAAUACAAUAAGACUCAGGUUUUUGUGGAUUUUUUGUUUCAGCUGUAUUAUUUCAAGAACAUUGGACAUGACCUUUUAUAUCGAUUGUCUAACAAACUCAAUGACCCUGAAAUUUACAGUAGACACAAUAGUGUAUGAUCUUGUCUGUAUAGUAUUUUACGUGGUGCAAACUGCAUUCAUUACAUUUUUUUCGCAUUCGCGAUUUACCAGCCACCUUGGUAUUUAUUAUGGAUUACUUAUUAUAUUCCUGACAAAUAUUUCUGUAAUAUGUCAUGCCUUGGCUUCUACUUUUAAACCCAUGGAUAAUGAAAUUUUAAAUUCGUCGACAAUAAGCCACCAUACUUCGAGUAAUACUUCUUGCUUCAAGUCAAGUAUGUACGAGGUAUUGAUGAAGAUUAAUCCUUUCUUGUUACCGGCAUUUUGUGAAUAUUCGCUUGUUUCGAUUACAUUUAUUAUGAAUAUGUGGCCUACAUUUGGAUUGAAAAGGGAAACGUUCGUGCUUGAUGAUAUUUCGCUUGACGGAAACAAAGAAACGUCAGAGUCGACGAGCAAUUUGAGAGGGUCGACAAAUGAGAGGUCAGAAUCGACAAAUAGCAGGCGGAAUAAUGAGCGCAUUCCUUUAUUAGACAAUACUGGAAACACAAGUAACAACCGACAACAUCGUAUAAGAAGAUUUAUAAGCAUAACUGUUCCUAUUCUUCUAAAUAUGCCAUCAGUAAUAUUAUAUUGUUUACAAAUUUCGAAAGUACCAUCUGUGCAGUUGGGCAAAACAAUAUCAAUAGCUGUAGUAGCUACUAUUGAGUUGCUUUUGUAUGUGAAAUGCUUUUACUCUCUUCAGACUCAAUGUAAACCUUUGAAACAAAGGGAAUGUACCUCGCUUGAUUCUAGUGAUUACAUUUUAAUUGCAAGUGUGGUUGCAGCAAUUUCAUAUUCCACGGUAAAACUUAUGUCAGAUAUUUACAAUGUCAACUCUGAAACCACAUAUGCUAUAGGUUUUUAUAAACUGGUUAUUGAUAUAUUCGCUGCUUAUUUCCAAACAGUUUUCAUCCUACAAAUGAAACAAUAUUCGAAGGCCUUUAAUAUAUCCUCGUGGACGUCUGUGGAAUACACUUGUUUAUUAAUGUCUUUUGUGAAUUUAUGCUCAUGGGCGGCUGAUACUUUAAUAGUUUCACAAUAUGUUUACAAAAAUGACGCACCAUAUCAUUUCUUUGGGUCAUCUGAUUGGACAGAAAUCUUUGGAUUUUUAUACCCAUUUGUGAUCUUUUACAGAUUCAAUGCUUUUGUAUCCUUUUAUGGUUUGUAUGACCGAUUGAAAAAUUAACUCGACUUCAAUGGAAGGCGGUGCUAUUUGAUGACAUAAAUGCUUGGUUUUAUCAAAGUUUGAUAAAAAUAUAAAUUUGAAAGUUAUAUAUUAAAAGGAUAUAUACCAGGAAUGACCAAAAAUAUUGGACAGACUUUUAUCGCAUUCAUUUAUGACUUUGGACUAAAUCUUAACACAAAUGUUCUUAUAUUUUAUUCUCACGUUCUGUCUUUGCAGGGAACAGCUAACACUUAAGCGCUGCCAAUAGGUACGAACUAAAAAAUCUAAUAAUAACUGUUUUAUUAUACAUUGUACCUCACCAAAAGAAUGAAGCUUCAUUUACAUAUUUUUACUUUAAUUAUAGCUAUGACUAUGAUACAUUAAAAUUCCAACAAACUCUUAUAACCAUCAUUUAUAUUUAUUGUUGAUGGAGGUAUACAUGCUUGGAUGUCAAUCGGGAGCACAGUAAUUUUUAUAUGUGUAAUAUAUAAAUAUUAUGUAUAACCAUGUCAAGAUUUAGAUAUACCAUGUUUAUGGUCUUUGUCAUUCACAAGAUAUUUAAUAAAUACUAUCUCCCUUCUU